AUGAGAUGGGCAGCAUAUGCUGGGGUCUCGACGACCCUGGCUGCAGGAGUUCUGGUCAAGGCGCUCAGUGAACGACCAAACUUCUACUCGGCCGCCGUUUAUCUAGCGCAGAGCACUGCUAAUUUAAUGAUUCUGACGAACUUCAUCUUCCUCUGUGCCUGCGUUAUACUACUUGGACUUCAAAAACUCUUAUACGGACCACUUCGGCCAAUCGAGAUAGAGCAGCUGUACGAACGAGGAUGGCUGUUUGUAACGGAGACAUGUCUUUCCAUGACUAUAUUCCGAGGGUCAUUCGGCGCCUGGUUCAUGGUCAUGUUCUUCAGUUUGCUGACAGGCAAGGUAUGGGGCUGGAUUGGCGAAGGUCGAGUAGAGAUCUUGGAACAACAACCUCCCGCAAACCCCCGGCUAUUCCAUACCCGACUAGCCAUAUCGCUCUCACUGUCCGUUCUCUUUGCUACAUACAUGCUAGAAUUCUCCAUCAGGACCGUCCUUGCCCAGGCCAAGCCGGACAUGAUGGUUAUGUUUGGCUUCGAAUUUGCCAUCCUUAGCAUUUUGUCCAUUUCUACUGCUGCGCGCUACGCGAUAUGCCUCGCGGAGAUCUACAUAGUGGGAAAGCAAAAGACUGCGAGACUGAAUGAGGUGCGCGCAGAGCGGGUUGCUGCCAACGAGGCAGCUAAUACGGCAGGACAGGGGAUAUCUUCAAACACGACCGCUGAGCCAACACCCGCCAUCGACAUUGAUGAAGCUGACCUUGAGGUUGAGGGUUGGGAUGGUAAAGGGCGAUGGAUCUUUUACCUUGACCUUGUGACAGAUUUUCUCAAACUGACCGUAUAUGUCGCGUUUUUCUCAGUCCUCUUGGGUUUUUACGGCUUGCCACUGCACAUAAUGCGUGACCUGUUUCUCAGCUUCCGCUCAUUUUUCAAACGCGUUGCCGAUUUUGUCCGUUAUCGUAACGCUACGCGAGACAUGCACGUUAGGUAUCCAGAUGCCACUCCAGACGAGGUGGGCAGAGAGGACGUCUGCAUUAUUUGCCGAGAGGAGAUGCGGCCCGUCGCUCAAGCUGUUGACGCCAAUGCACCACGACAGAGGACGAAUCCAGUCGCAGAGCGAAUGCGCCCUAAAAAGCUACCGUGUGGUCAUAUCCUUCACUUCUCCUGUCUCCGCAGCUGGCUAGAAAGGCAGCAGAACUGUCCUACGUGUAGACGCCCAGUCGUUGUGGCUCAGCGAACCCAAGGGGCAGCAGCCAAUCGUCCUGCUUUGCCAGACAAUGCAGCUGGGGAACCUGGAGGGGCGGCUCAUCCCGGAAAUGCCCCAGAACAAGCAGCCCGGAACAGAGCAAGGGUUAUCAAUUUUGGACCGCUUCGGAUUGGAUUUGGUGCUGGUGGCGGAAAUCUUAUUGACGACCUUGCUCAACAAAUUCACAAUGGAGAGCAAAGGCCUCCAGCAGAACAGCCAGUCAAUGUAGGUGGCCGACAACAAUUUGGAUUUGGUUUCGGCUUCGGCCGACGACCAAAUACACACAACCCAACACAAACACAGACGCAGACACCGACCCCAACGGCACCCAUACAAUCUCAGUUGGAUCAGAUUGAGCGCAGCCUUCAGCAACAAAUCAACAGCCUGAGAAUGGCGAGCAAUGAAUUGCAUCUAGUGCGGAUGCUUAAUAUGGAGCUUCUCAGGCUGCGAAAUUUGCAAGCAAAUACUGGUCACGUUGAAGCAGCGGUCCCGCAAUUACCACACGUGGCUUCCGCGCCAUUACCGCCUUUAGGUCAAAAUCACUUCCCAUCCACGGGACAUCAACCACCACCGACAAUGCUUUCGAGUCAGACCCAGCAGCCCUUGUCGGUUGAUAAUCAUACUUUGCCAGAAGGAGUAACGUUGCCACCAGGCUGGACUCUUAUGCCACUCCGGCGUUAUGAAGGACCGAACAGAACCGCUCCCAACGACAAUGGCGCCACAACAGCUCAACCUGACACCGCCAGUGUCCCCCUGUCAGCCCAAGCCACCCAGCUUCCUUCGCAAACUCAUUCAGCUCCUGCCUUUGUAGAACCUUCUACGCAAAGGUCACCACCACCACUACCACCAUCCAAUGGAACACCUCAUGAAUCACCUGCAGCGUAUCAAGGUAAUCCGUCUCAAGCAGGUCCAGAUUUACCUUCUUGGGGCUCUGCUCCCCUACAGGUUAAUGGCCAACACGUGCGCGAGCCAACAAGGGCGGGUUAUCGAGCUAGAAACGGUCAAGCAAACACAGAAGUAGGGACGAGUGCAGCUGAUGUAGCCGAAGCAACCACAGAUAAGGACAAAAGCAAAGCAGCAACCGUGGAGGAUCUGGUUGACGAUGUAGAUUAG